AUGGCCGCAGAUUUCCCCAAACACGCGUCGCAUACAAAAACCAACGCGUUGAGCGGGUACCCUUCACCCCAUUCUACUCUACCACAACAUACUAUCAUGGCUCCCGUCCAAGUCAAGAAGAUCUGCUGUAUUGGUGCUGGCUAUGUCGGUGGCCCUACAUGCGCUGUGAUCGCUCUCAAGUGUCCCGACAUCCAGGUCACUAUCGUAGACUUGAACCAGGCACAGGCCCGUGGACGCAAUCUAUUCUUCUCGACCGAUGUCGACAAGGGCAUUCAAGAGGCGGACUUGAUUUUUGUCUCUGUCAACACUCCCACCAAGAAGAGCGGUGUCGGUGCCGGGUUUGCUGCUGACUUGAAUUCGACUUCUUCCAAGAUUGUCGUUGAAAAAUCCACUGUUCCAUGCCGAACCGCCGAAUCGAUGCGCACUAUCCUGGAAGCCAACUCGAAGCCCGGCUGCCGAUUCGAUAUCCUUUCCAAUCCCGAGUUCCUGGCAGAGGGAACUGCCAUUUCCGACUUGUUCUCUCCCGACCGUGUCUUGAUUGGUUCCCUCCAGACCCAAGAGGGUAUCGAUGCUUGCCAUGCUCUUCAGGACGUCUAUGCCCACUGGGUCCCUCGCGAACGUAUCCUGACUGUCGGACUGUGGUCCUCCGAGCUUUCCAAGCUCGCUGCCAAUGCGAUGCUCGCGCAGCGUAUCUCCUCGAUCAACGCGCUCUCGGCCAUUUGCGAAGCGACUGGCGCGAACAUUGACGAGGUCGCCCAUGCCGUGGGUCGCGACUCGCGUGUAGGACCCAAGUUCUUGAAGGCUUCGGUCGGGUUUGGCGGAUCGUGCUUCCAAAAGGACAUUCUUAACCUUGUCUACUUGUCCGAGAGCUUGCACCUUCCCGAGGUCGCUGCCUACUGGCGCCAGGUAGUCGAGAUGAAUGAUCAUCAGAAGCGUCGGUUCUCCAAGCGCGUUGUUGACACGCUCUUUAACACUAUUACCGGAAAGCGCAUCGCGGUUCUUGGAUUCGCCUUCAAGGCUGAUACCGGCGAUACACGCGAGUCGGCAGCCAUUACUCUGAUCUCAGACUUCAUGAACGAAUCUGCGCUUGUCAACACUUAUGACCCGCAAGUUGGGGAGGCCCAAAUUUGGCAGGACCUGCAGGAGGCUAACCCCACUAAGCCUCUGGAGAAGAUCCAAAAGCAGGUCAAUAUCUCGGCUAGCGCCCUCGAUGCGUGCAAGGGCGCCGAGGCGAUUGUCAUUGCUACCGAGUGGAAGGAGUUUACCCAGAUUGAUUGGGAGACGGUGUACAAGGGCAUGAACAAGCCCGCGUUUGUGUUUGACGGCCGACUGAUCCUUGAUGCUGUGGCAUUGAGAAAAAUUGGGUUUAAUGUUAUCAGUAUUGGACGAGGCGAGAGGAUCUAA